AUGCCUCCUCAAUUGCUCCCUGCUUCGGCAGCUGCUUUUGCACCAAGAGCUUCAUCAGUCAAUGUUGUGUUAAGUUCAAAGGUUGAGCCAUGGUUAACACAAACAUUAAAACGUAUAAAUCGCGUAAAGCGUCCUCUCAACAGUGUACCACAGCACCACAGGUGUUUAACGGAAACUUUAUCUUCGUCAACAGCUAUAUGGACUCUUGGUUCGUUGAUGCUAUCGAAGGCUCCGGAUCAAAGACGUCAAGACUCAAAUCCAUUAGUCGAGGCCCUCUUCAACUAUCAACUCAUUCACAUCGAAGCUUAUGUUGUUCAUGUUGAUUUUGUAUUAAGAAAUGAGAUUGCCUACAAACUUACUCCAGAUACGAUAGAAUCCCUUAUCGAGUUCCACAAGGAAGUUCAUUGCUUGGAUAUUGCAGCGAAUACCUACAACUGGUCAGAGAAGGAUCAACAAGUGAAGAAGAUGCACGAGGAUUUCAUCCAAGCCAUCAACAAGUUUGUCUACCGAACUCAUGUCUCUGCAUUGGAGGGACUGGAGGAAGAUGGAGCUGGUGAACUGUUAUGCGGUAAAGGUGAUGAGGUCAAGAACAACAUCAUGGGACUUUUCCUUCCUCUACUUCCCCCACCACCAAGGAUUGUUGAUGUGGUCAGACCUCCUGCUUUGUUGCCUAGCUCACCCGCUGGCAUGAAUUGGUGGUCGCAACCCAUGAUGCCAGUAACUACCACGGCUCCUGUCGACCCAUGGAGGAUGAUUCCCUCAAGUCCAAGUACAACAUCUUCCAUGUCCUCUUCAACUGAUACUCAGUCUUUAUGGGCAAGUAUGGGUUUAAACGAGCUUCAACUACCGUCCCCUACGCCAUCUUAUAGCCAACCGUUCACCACGGCCGGACUCUUCUACAGCGCACUACAAGUUAGUGCGCCAAUUCCAGCACUUCCAUUACCAAGCAUGCUAGCACAGCAACACUGCGGUAGUGGUAUGGGUUAUGGCGGAUUUGGUGGAUUUGGAGGUGGAUGGGACCGAUAUCAAGAGUAUGCCACACCGAUGUGA